AUGGUGCUGGUGCCAAAGUUGAGAACACCGUUAGUAUCUACCUGCCCGCUAUUGCCGAUCCUCGUCAUCAAAGUGCCUUCACCUUUUGACAUGAUUGUGCUCCGCAUGGACGUGAUGGACAGCACGGGUGCAAGCCAUGGUGCUCGGCCAACAUCUGCACCCUCUGCCGCCCAUUCAGACCCCAGGCGACAGCCACGCUCACUUGCUACGCAGCCCAAGUCGCCUCAGCCCAUCACCUGGCUACCUCCGCUGCCUAGUGUGACCCCGACUGUGGAGCACAACGCCAGCGUGCGACCCCUUGCCACGGCAAUCAAAGAGAUGCUUGACGCAGCGCCCGUGGAUUUACCUGACAUGGACUGGGUCGCUUUUCGAGACCAGACAACUGCGGCCGUUGCUGCGCUUGACGAGGUGUUUGCAAUCCCCGAGGUUCUUACCGCUCGCAUGAGUCAAGCGAGCCAAGGAAGCGCCACUCUUGAAGAAGAGCUCGAGGCAAUGCAUGACCUCGCAUGCAAGCCCAGAUUGGAACCAGUUCUGCAUGCACUUUGUGCAACACUGGCAACGUUUCCUGCUCCGUCCACUGCCAAUCCUUGCACGCCAAAAAACCCACCAAAAAGUCUCGUAGAAGCGAUUGACGAGCUGGGCAACCUUCAAAACGUGGUGGAUCCGGAGUGUUCACGCCGCCUGACGACUGGCAACAAUUAUAUCGAGCGCCUUGUACUUGCGCUCAUCGACGCUCUGGAUAAGAUUGCACAAGAGGGAAUCAAGGACACAAGCAGUCGCGUGCAAAAUUUGCGCCAACGAGCCACGCGUCAGCCAGUCAAUCGGGUAUCUGCACCUCAAGACUUGUCCAACGCUUGGGAGAGACUUUGUCAAGCUCAUCAGAACCUCAGCCACUCUGACCAGAAUGGGCUCAACGCGGUGGCCCAGCAGCAGGCCUCGUCCAACAACAAGCAUCACGCUUGGUAUUUGACGUUUGUAUAUCAUGAGGCACAUGCCUUGGCGCAACAGCUGCAAGACAUGAUCGACUGGCAGGCUCAGACAGUGUCUGUGUUGUCUGCAUGCAAGGACCUAGCAAUGAGUCUGUCUCAGAGCGUUGAUGACCAAACCUUGUCCGUACAUGAGGAGCUAGCACAGCUGACCGAGCGCAUGCGUCAAACGAUGACUGCUUUGAGUUACCUGCCAGACGACAUGCGCUCUGGCCCUGAGCAAGAACUGCAGGAGAUGAGGGCAAAGCAAACCGCCCUACAAGGGCAACUGCAAGGCCGGUCACACGUCGAUCACAUAGCCAGGCUGGCACAGCUGCUCCACCAGCACUUUCCGGCCUUGCUAGUGUUUUUGCGCCCGGAGCAGAGCAGAUUGGGAGCGCGACUUCGCUCUGUGCUUGGCCCCGGCCUUCCGGAAAAUCUCAUCUUCGAGGCCAUGGCCGAAGUAGACCCGGCGUUGACUCUCUUCAGUCUCGGCCAGCUUGACCUACAGUAUAACCAAAAUCACAAGGUGUACAAAGCCCGCGCAGCGCUGCCAGAGCAGCCCGAGCAAGAUUUGGCGGUGAAGGAGUACGCAUUCGCCCAGCAGCACAAACAAGAUCAAUGCCGGACGUUUCUGCGUGAACUGCGUGCCAUGCGCAAGCUUGCGCACCCAAACAUCAUCCCGGUCCUCGGCGCGCUUGUGGACGUGCACAGCGGCCACGCGUGCGCAUACCUGGUGCAGCCGUGGUGUGCGCAGGGUGAUCUGCAGCAGUGGCUGAGCACGGCUCGACAUCUGGCCACCUCGACCGUGAUUGCAGGCUUGAUGAAUCAACUGCGCACGGCCCUGGCCUUUAUGCACAGCAAGGGCUUGGUGCACCGGGAUAUCAAGCUGAGCAACGUGAUGUUGGACGGCUCGGAGGACCAGCCUACUGUGCGGCUCGGCGAUUUUGACAUUGCCAAGGCCGCAGCCGAAGCCACGAUGCUACCCUGCACCGCCACUGCAUCGUUAGGCACCACGGGCUACGUCGCCCCCGAGGUCCUUUUUGGUGACGGCCGGGUGGGCGCACGUCCGGCGCAGGAUGCCUUUUCCUUUGGCUGUGUUCUCUACAACACCUACAUGUUCCCGCAGACGGUGCCACCUGCUCACCCACGGGUGAACGAGGUCGCGGAUCAAUGCAGAUGGAGCAUAGACGCGAGCGAUGGCACCUUUAGCUUUCCGCAUUUGGCCGCUGAGAUGUGCGAUUUGAGGAGCGACUUGCAAAUGGAAACGCGGGCCUUGCUUGCAACAGAUCCAAAGCAACGGCCAAGCCUAUUCUGUGCCGGACAGUUGGCGCAGCGACCUGUCGCCGGCCAAGUCGGGCCUGCCAUAGAUGUUUUACGUGACGCGCCCGAGCUCAUUCCUGAGGUGGCCGACCUGUUGAAGCAGCUGAGCAUCGAUGGGCGAGGGCCAGCAAACAUGACAGUGCAACGAGUCGAGCGCGUAGAGAAUCCCGUGUUGUGGGAGCGCUACAGCGCGAAGCGACGAGAGAUGUUGCACCGCAUCACGAAUCAUGAGCACUAUAAUCAACUUCAGACGGCCACGAUGGACGCCCUCUCGGGCCUUCCAGCCUUGCUCCGAGAUAGAUCCUGUCAAGAGCGCCUGUUACUUCACGGCAUUCCCCCGGACAGAUUGCUGCGCGACAAGAUAGUGCGCCUAGGUCUUGACUAUCGCUUUGCUGGUAGCGGCGCUGGCCAUCGAUUUGGUCUUGGCAUCUACCAAACAGAUCACCCCGGCAAGAGUCAUCAGUAUGCCAACCCGCCUGAUGUCAAUGAUCAGCGAACGCUGGUCGUUACGCGGGCGUUGUUGGGUCAUGCCUUUGUGCAUGAGUCACCCGACUCCGAGGCGUUGGCCCCGCCCCUCUUGCCCUAUGCGCCCAACAACGAGCGAUACGAUUCGGUGAUCGCGAGGCCGACUGGGGAAUAUCACGAGGUGAUCAUGUUUAAUAAUGAUCAAAUCUACCCGGAGCUGGUCGUGUAUUACACGGCGGCCUGA